AUGGGUAUAUGCAGCUCUUACGAGUCGACACAAGUGGCUACGGCGAAGCUGAUCUUACAAGACGGUAGGAUGAUGGAGUUUACUACUCCGGUCAAAGUAGGUUACGUUCUUCAGAAGAAUCCGAUGUGUUUCAUUUGUAACUCCGAUGAUAUGGAUUUCGACGACGUCGUUUCCGCCAUUAGCGCCGACGAAGAGCUUCAGCUUGGACAGCUUUACUUCGCUUUACCUCUUACCUCGCUUCAUCAUUCUCUUAAAGCUGAGGAAAUGGCUGCAUUGGCUGUUAAAGCUAGCUCUGCUCUUAUGAGAAGCGGUGGUUCUUGCGGCAGAGAUAAAUGUAAGUGUCGUCGGAAAUGUGUCUCUCCGGUUAUCUUCUCCGUCCGGAGAGUAUCAGCGGUGGAAACGAGCGGUGAGACGAGGAACGGGAAGAGACGCGGCGGCGGUGGUGGGAGGAGGAAGUAUGCGACGAAGUUGAGUAAGAUAGAAGAGUAG